UGUGAUUUUGCUAAAAUGCAUCACCAACAGCGAAUGGCUGCCUUAGGGACGGACAAAGAACUGAGUGAUUUACUGGAUUUCAGUGCGAUGUUUUCACCUCCUGUGAGCAGUGGGAAAAAUGGACCAACUUCUUUGGCAAGUGGACAUUUUACUGGCUCAAAUGUAGAAGACAGAACUAGCUCAGGGUCCUGGGGGAAUGGAGGACAUCCUAGUCCAUCCAGGAACUAUGGAGAUGGGACUCACUAUGAUCACAUGGCAAGCAGGGACCUUGGGUCACAUGACAAUCUCUCUCCUCCUUUUGUCAAUUCCAGAAUACAAAGUAAAACCGAAAGGGGGUCAUAUUCAUCAUAUGGAAGAGACUCAAAUAUACAGGGUUGCCACCAGCAAAGUCUCCUUGGAGGUGACAUGGAUAUUGGCAACCCAGGAGCUCUCUCACCCACCAAACCUGGCUCUCAGUACUAUCAGUAUUCUAGCAAUAACCCCCGAAGGAGGCCUCUUCACAGUACUUCUAUGGAAGUACAAACAAAGAAAGUUCGAAAAGUUCCUCCAGGUUUACCAUCAUCAAUUCAGCAGAAAAGCCACAGACUGAAUAAGCGUGAAACUGAACGGCGAGACUGGUGCUUCCAGGUUUAUGCCCCAUCAGCAAGCACUGCUGACUACAAUAGGGAUUCACCAGGUUAUCCAUCCUCAAAACCAGCAGCCAGCACUUUUCCUAGCUCCUUCUUCAUGCAAGAUGGUCAUCACAGCAGUGACCCAUGGAGCUCCUCCAGUGGGAUGAAUCAGCCUGGUUAUGGAGGAAUGUUGGGCAAUUCUUCUCAUAUUCCACAGUCUAGCAGCUACUGCAGCCUGCAUCCACAUGACCGUUUGAGCUACCCAUCACACUCCUCAGCAGACAUCAAUUCCAGUCUUCCUCCGAUGUCCACUUUCCACCGUAGUGGUACAAAUCAUUACAAUGCAUCUUCCUGCACGCCACCUGCUAAUGGAACAGACAGUAUAAUGGCAAACAGAGGAAGUGGGGCAGCAGGCAGCUCACAGACUGGUGAUGCACUGGGGAAAGCACUUGCCUCUAUCUAUUCUCCAGAUCACACCAACAACAGCUUUUCAUCAAAUCCUUCAACUCCUGUUGGUUCUCCCCCUUCUCUCUCAGCAGGCACAGCUGUUUGGUCUAGAAAUGGAGGGCAAGCAUCAUCAUCUCCCAAUUAUGAAGGUCCCUUACACUCUUUGCAAAGCCGGAUUGAAGACCGUUUGGAAAGACUGGACGAUGCUAUUCAUGUUCUCCGGAACCACGCAGUGGGGCCUUCAACAGCCAUGCCUGGUAGUCAUAGCGACAUGCAUGGAUUAAUAGGGCCUUCUCACAAUGGAGCAAUGGGAGGUCUUGGGUCAGGAUAUGGGACAGGCCUUCUUUCAGCCAAUAGACAUUCACUAAUGGUUGGAGCUCAUCGUGAAGAUGGCGUCGGUCUGCGUGGCAGCCAUUCGCUUGUGCCAAAUCAGGUUCCAGUUCCACAGCUGCCAGUUCAGUCUGCUACUUCCCCUGAUUUAAAUCCACCCCAAGAUCCAUACAGGGGUAUGCCAACUGGACUGCAAGGGCAGAGUGUAUCUUCAGGCAGCUCUGAAAUCAAAUCUGACGAUGAAGGAGAUGAAAACCUUCAGGACACAAAAUCUUCUGAGGACAAGAAACUAGACGAUGACAAGAAGGAUAUCAAAUCAAUUACUAGGUCAAGAUCUAGCAAUAACGACGAUGAAGACCUUACACCAGAGCAGAAGGCAGAGCGAGAGAAGGAAAGGAGAAUGGCCAACAAUGCUCGUGAGCGCCUACGCGUGCGUGACAUUAAUGAGGCUUUCAAGGAGUUGGGCCGGAUGGUUCAACUCCAUCUGAAGAGUGACAAACCCCAAACCAAACUCCUGAUUCUACACCAGGCUGUGGCUGUCAUCCUCAGCUUAGAACAGCAAGUCAGAGAAAGGAAUCUGAACCCUAAAGCAGCAUGUCUGAAAAGAAGGGAAGAAGAGAAAGUGUCUUCAGAUCCCCCUCCACUUUCCUUGGCAGGACCCCAUCCUGGAAUGGGAGAUGCAUCCAAUCAUAUGGGACAGAUGUAA